AUGUUCCGGAAACCAUUUUCUCUCAAGAAGAACACUAACCUCAGGAAUUCAGACGCAAAGAAGCUACUUCAACGGCUUCCUGAAAAGGGCGCGGCGGUGCUGCCGAAAAAGGUGGUGGUCGCUCACGUCAAGCUUUUAGCUUUCAACGGUACCGUCGUCAAUGUGUACGUGGUCGAUAAGGAGCCCAUGUUCUUUGAGUUUGACGAUUCGGGAUUUCUCUUUCCAACUUUGUAUUUCGCCUGGAUCGACCUUACUGCUUUCCCUACGCUUGUUGUGCACGAGAGUGUCCUUCGCCAUUUAGAGAAUGGAGCCGAUUUGAUGCUACAAGGUGGGUUAUACAGCAUUGUAGAGUUCUAUUUCGAAUUUCACGUGAAACCAAACAAGUUUGAGGUAGUCUCAAAUGUUCAACUGCUAUCAUUAAAUCGGUGUUUUUCUUCCAUAAGAUUUCAAAAACGGAAGAAGCCAUUGUUUCAGUUGCUUCGCUGUUUCUUAGCUGCCCUCAAGUUCAGAUUGGGGAAGUUGCCAAUGGAUGUUGGACAGUUCUAUUCUACUUGUCUGCUCAAAUGCGUUCCCAGUGGUCGGAGGUUGGAUAUGAAGAAAACAAAGUAUAAAAAAUUUAGCGCGUUCCUCAACGAGGUAAAUAAAUCAAAGGAUGGUCCUCUGGUAUUCCUCUAUAAAUUUCGUUAUCAUUCUUUGCGGUCAUUUACUAUCAGUGACGAGGUUGUACAAGAUGAGCAAAGAGCAACCAUUUGUGGUCCGAAGAUCUGCGAGUUCUAUUCAGUAACGGAUACAGUCUUACCAAUUCUACGGUGUUGUGGAAAUUAUACGAAAGGCCAACUGUUAGCAGUUUCAGAAAUCCGCCAAAUCGUCACGGACUAUGUGAAGCGUGAGGUGUGUGGCUAUUCAUAUUUAACAAUACGUCUCGAUCCAAUUCUUGCUGAUGUUACGAGGAUCGCUGGAGAAGUAACGGACUGGAAUACUCUCAUUCAGAAAAUCCAAAGUAAGAUGACGAAAACCUUCGUGCUCCGAAUGCCAGAUGGCCGAGAACUCGUCAGAAAGAUUAGCAUGCCAAAGAUUACGUUCAAGGUAGAGACUCGGUCAGGCAACAAGAAAGUCACUCUAAUAAAUAAUUUGGCGGUUUUUGGCAUCGACACGAAGAAGCUUUGCCAACAAAUACAGGUUGAAGCAGCGACAAGCGCCACUACUACGAACGAAGCACCCAAUUGUGAAGGACCACAGAUUACUGUGUUAGGAAAUCAGGUUCUGGAUUUAUGUGUUUAUUCGUAUAAAUAG